AUGUCAGCGACAGAUAAUAACUAUCGAAACGAAGUUGGUGGCACGGCUGCUGGAGGCCCGGUUGUCCCUGCUGCACACAAUGACAAUUACGAAACUGGGCAUGGAGGUGGUAGCGGAAGCGGUGCGUUUGCAAACGAAGGCGAAAAACGCAAAACGAAAAAGGGAAUUGCCAUUUUUGGUCUUGCAGUGACGGACUUUAUGUUGAUCUCACUACGUUUCUGGCAGUUUGCCUGUAGUGUGAUUGUCUUGGGGCUCUUGGCGUACGCUAUGAAAAGUUACAAUUACCAUGGCAGCAAAAAGACCAAUUACGGCUUGGCUGUUGGUGCCAUUUCGACGUUUUACUUAUUGAUGCUAUCGAUACUGGGUCCCGCUUUGCACCGUUUUUUGAUACCGGGACUAUACUUAAUCAUGGAGUUGAUUGUGACCCUCUUGUGGCUUGUGGCGUUUAUCGUGCUGGCCAAGGCACACGGUUCCAGAUCUUGCGGUCUUAGUACCAACAGCAGCUACCAGCCCAAAUAUGGGUCCUUUGGAGACUUCACCAACUCUGGUGGGAUGUACGACCCUUACACGUCGAAAUACACCACUAAUCCGCACACCCGGGCAUGCCACAGCUCCCAGGCGUCUAUUGCCUUCGCAGGGUUGGCGUUUAUCUUGUUUGCGAUUAGCAGCAUUUUGAUAGGGUUGCUCGUAAUGAAGCCCCUCACCUACAGAGGCGGAGGUUCCAAGGCUUUAUGGACGCCCUACUCCAACUCUGGAUUGAAACUCAACCCUUGGACCGGUCUAAGAGUCAGCGACGCCAACCGCAACGAUGCGGAGGCCUUGGCAAACAACAGAGGUGGCAACAACACGGGUGCAGGAGCAGGCGUGGGUCAGGACCAGCACACUUUCUCUACGGGCGAUUCCACCUAUAACGGUGCACACCACGACAAAAUGGUGGACUCUGACCACAGACGUAAUGUGUCUGGAGCCACUGAUCUGGAACCAGGGGUCAAUAACCCUACCUAUAACGCUAAUUCCGCAGCCACUGGUGCUGCUAAUACCAAUGCAACGCAUAAUACCACCUAUGCCACACAUGAACCGAUUGUCACGGAUCCUUCCCCCAACGCGGCCCCCAACGCGGCCACGACCACUGCUAACCGUAUUUAG